AUGAGCGAAGAAUAAAUUGAAUAACCAAAUGAUGAAAAUCAAGAAUAAUAAAAUGAUCAAGACCCUUUGCCAGAAUAGAAUGAGGAGUAGGUCGGAGAUCCUGAAUAAACAGAAUAACCUGAGUAGCCACCAGAAGAGGAGGCAGAAAAGCCUCCUGAACCUCCAGAGGAAGAUGAAGAAACCAGACGGUUACGAUUAGAGAGAGAAGAAUAGGAAAGAAAGGAGAGGGAGGAAAGAGAGGAGCAGGAAAGAAAAGAAAGGGAAGAAAGGGCAGAAUAAGAAAGAAUUGCUAGAGAAGAAUAUGAGGCCAAAUUGAAAGAAGACACUGCAAAAUUUAAUGAAUUAGUUUUAUAAGGAAUUUCAGGAUUGAACAAAACUCAAAUAGCUUAUGCUUAUGUGAAAUUAAAUCUUGCAGAAAAGGACAUCGAUAGGCUGUUUCAGAUUAAUCAUUUGAAUCUAAGAUACAUUGAUAUCUCACAAAAUAGAAUUGUGGAUAUUACUCAUCUACUGCCUUUGAAGUAUUUGGUUUCAUUAAAUGCUUCUAAGAAUGAGAUUAAUUCACUUUCAUAUUUUUAGGAUCCUGAAGCAUUUCCAUACUUACAGUAUUUAAAUCUCUCUACAAACAAAAUCAAUACACUUGUCACUGUCUAAUUAAAGAGAUUGAGGAGAUUGAAUUUGAUUGAGAAUGAAAUUACUACUGCAAAUGAAUUUGAAGGACAUGAAAAUGUUGAAAUCCUAGAGUUAGGAAAAAACAAACUAAAAACUACAGAUGGAUUGGCAAACAUGCCUUAAUUAAAAGAACUUUAUUUAUAAGGCAAUGAAUUAAAGGAUUUUAGAUCUCUAAAUAAUCUACCAUCUUUAUUAAAAUUAAAUAUAAGAGCAAAUAAGAUUACAAAAAUUAAAACUCCUGUUAUAGAAUUCCCACAAUUAUAUUAUCUUAAUCUUAGAGAGAAUUAAUUAGCUAAAUUUGAUGAUUUUAAAAAGAUUGCAAAAAUCAGAACCAUAACAACUCUCAACAUGUUAGCCAAUCCUAUUGUAGAUGAGAUGGGUGCAGAUAAUUUCAAAUAAGAAAUUUUAAUGUUUUAUUUCCAUUUAGUGAGAAUAAAUAAAGUAGACAUUACUAAAGAAGAUUAUGAUGAAGCUGCGAAGGUGCUGUAAGAAAGAAGAGAUGAAGAAGAAAGAAAAAGAAUUGAAGAAGAAUAAGCAAGAGAGGAAGCCAGAUUGGCAGAAGAAGCGAGAUUAGCAGAAGAGGAAAAAUUAGCUGAAGAGGCUCGUUAAGCAGAGGCAGCUAAAGAAGGAGAGGCAGCUAAAGAAGGAGAGGGAGCUAAGGAAGGAGAGAAUGCUAAUGAAGGUGCUGAAUGA